AAUACUUUGAAACAACCGCCAGUACUGGAGAACUCUGAAAAUGCUGAUAAUCAUUCAGAAAGAGAUGGUGAAAAAAUUUUAAUCACUGAUCAACCUUACUCGCCCAUCGAUAUAUAUGUAAAUUCUAAUUCAUCUACAAAUGAUCUCUAUACAAAUGAUCAAGAAUUGUCGUCGAAUGUUAAUACAAUUGAGUCAAUAAAUACACAACAAGUAUUACAACCUGUGAUUAUUAUCCAGGAUAAUGAUUUUAAUGCAGUUGAUUGUAAACAACAUACUUCUUUCGAUUAUGAUGAACAAAUUUUAGAAUUACUAUGUGAAGAUGAUCCAAUGUCUCAUGAAAAACUAUUAAUUGAUUGUAGUAAUGACUUGCAACCUAUUCUUAAAGAUUUAAAGCAACAUACUUCUGUUGAUCAAGCAAUUUCAUUCCAGAGAGAUUUUAAUGUACCUUUACAACACGGGUCAGUUGGAACACAAAAUACACUUGUCGAUUCUACUAUCACUGCAAAUCAUGAGACAGAACUCAGUGAACACAACAACAAUAAACUUCCAUCAACAAAUGAUACUUCACCCAAAAGACCUCUGAAAGAAAUUUUUACGCUACCAUCAGAAUAUUUACCAAAAAAAAAGACUUAAAUUAGAAAAAAGUGGAAAGUCAAAAUUACCUUCCGUGGGGACUUCCAAUGAAUGGUACCAACAUCAAUUGGAAAAAGAAAACCUUAAAAAAAUAAAAGAGGAAAAACUAAAAAAUAAAAAGAAGUUGCAAGAAGAAAAGAAAAAACUGAUGGACAAAGUAAAAGAACUGCAAAAGAAAAUUAAAGAACAAAAAUGA